UGUUUGCAAUCUGUGUAUUUAUUGAAUAUUCAUUAUAAUCAUUUCUAUAGUGUAUAUAAAAUAUUUGAAAUAAAACCUAAAUUAUUAAUUUUUAUUUCAGGUGGCUCCUUGGGAAACUCUCGUCUUACGCUGAGUUCCCGUGAUACCCCCUUGUCGCAAAAAUCUGCAUCAUUGGAUUUCGUAGAUGAAAGCAUACAAGUGGACUUGUCUGCAGACACCAUUACAUACGAUUCGGAUGAUGAAAUGGUGAAAAGGAGAGUGAAUAUCCUUCGCAAUAAAAAGGGACAUCCUAUCUAUUCGAGAGAGGAUAUAAGGGAACAGUAUUGCAUUAAUAAGAAAGAAGAGGAAGUGCUCGAAAAUGCCAGAACGAAUCGUUUCUUUGGUUGUCUGGCAAAUCAACAAGAAAGUCCAUGUACUAAAAAUUCUAUCUUAUUCUCUUGUAUGAAAAAGAAAGCGAAUAGCGACGAGAACCUCUACAUGCCCGAAACACCAACAGCAUGGACUAGUUCUUCGAAAACAGAGGAAGAUGAAGAUGAAUUCGCUGGUUCGGGAUUUCGACGAAGGCCAAGGACGUUUUGCGUCACAGAUCCAAAAAUUUGGGCAGAUAGCGAUGAUCAGAGUCGAACUAAAACUAAACUUGCAAGCUCGGCCAGUUUAGGUAGUCAACAUAGUACAGAUAGUGAAGGUUUCAGUCGUUGCAUUCAAAGACCGUCCCAAUUAAGUAUAGGAAGGCAAGAAAUAGCACCAAGUCAAAGUGUAGAUGCACUCAAUGACACUUACAGUAGGAGAGAAUUGUAUAGAAGAUCAUCCAAAACUCCAGAUUUCAGUUUAGAUGACCGAAGACCAAAACAUGUGAGUUUCGAUUCCAGUUCUAUGAUUAGAAGCAAUACGGUUGCAGGUGGAUUAGAAGAAGUGGAUGUGGGUCCCGCAGCCACAUCGACGCCUCUCAACAGCCAGAAAAGGAACUUUUCCCCCACGCAUCGUCAUCAUUCGCAGGAACGUCUUUUGGAUUUAUCGGGAAGUAAAUCGUUUGAAAUGAUAUUGUCACGACCUUUAGUGAUUAAACCUCGACGUGCAAUGCUUAAAACUCAAGCUACGCAAACAGAAUUAACAUUUAAGGCACGAUUUUUGUUGCCCGCUUACUUGACUUUAUCACCUCGUGCCACCGCUCAAUACAGGCAAAAACUUCAGUCACAGCGUAACAGAAGUGUUUCUAGACUUACGAAAAGUAGGUCUGCGCAUGGAGUUUUAGGUAGUGAUAGCGAUGAAGAAAUUAUGGAGGUGGAUAUGGUCAGUAAACAUCCCAAAUUAGUCAGAUCUGCAACUAGACAUAGUUUAACAAAACAUAGAAGUUUUGAUGCGCAGCAAGAGAUUAUGGUGUCUUUUAAACCGGUUUCACCACCGAAAUCUAGAGAGGUGUUAAUUGGAGAAAGACCUAAAAUUUCGACAAAAUUUGAUAUAGCCAAAGAUGACAUUGUUAAAAUCGCUUCACCUGUUCCAAUAAUGACUAGUUCAGAUUCAGCUCCAAGUAUUCCUGUUGAUACUCAUCCUAUCAGUAUGGCUGUUUCGGAAAGUGAAGAUAUGACAGAAAAAACGUAUUCUGGAACAGAAGAAGACAAAGGAAAAGAUGAUGAAAAAUUACGUAGAGAUUCUUCAAGUUCUAUGGUAUCAUCUGAAACUAUGUUUAUACCUCAAAGAAAAGCUAGAUAUUAUAUGACAGCCCUUUUGGACAGUGGUGGUCAAGAUAGUUCUUUUUUAAAAUCAAGUGAAUUAAGCAGAACAAAGUUAAAAUCCAAAGUUACACCCGUGAAAGCUUUAGAAGUAGAAACCGAAUCUCCUACAGUCACAACAGAUGGUGGAAUUCAAACUUCUCAGGUUAGUACACCAUCCGCACAGGAAGUUCCAGUAAUAAGCAAACAAGAAUUUAUGACAUCUCCUGAUAGUGAGUCUUCCAGUAGUAUUUUCACAGAACGAGAAACAUCUCGCAGUGAAUUGUCAACAAGUAGUUCCAGUCACGUUUUGAAAAGUGAACCAUCUAAUAAAAGUGAUGCUGAAGUUGAAGAAGUUAGUGAGAGUUCAGAAUACGUUACUGCUACAGAUUUGUCGUAUCAAACACGCCGAGAAAAAACCCAGACUGUUAUCAGUAAAAAUAGUACCGAAGAAGGUCAUACUUCUUUUGAAAGCGCUUCUUCGGCUAGUAUAUUUAGUUCACCAUCUUCUCGUAGUAGUCAGAUUAAAUCUCCAGUUCCUCUUCCUCGAGAUGACGAGUCGUCAGAUGAAUCAACAAAAAAAGAGGCUGUAAGUUCCGACUCGGAAUCAGGACAAAUGUCUCCUAUACAGGAAGGGCCCGACGAAAGAGCUUUAGAUGUUACACCCGUACCUGAACCUUCUUCGGAGCAGUCGAGUCAUCAAGAUGCACAGACAGUUAUCGAAAAUAAGAGUGAUGCGACAUCAGAGGAAUUACUAGAAUCGAUAUCAUCCUCUCCUCUAAAUAGAGAAGAGUCCGAAUCUAGUGAUAGCUCUAGUGUUUUUUCUGGUGUGCAAACUGAUCUUCCUCCGAUAAGGACGUUCAGACCCGAAGAUAUUUCUGAAGUUUCGGAAGAGAGUAAUCAGGAAUGGAAACGAAGGAGACAAUUUCAUUUAAUGGCCAGAGAAGAAAUUAAGCCUAACGGUGUUAGAUCAUCAUCGUCAGAUUAUUUGCCUUCAGAAACGACAACUCCCAGUUAUGAUAGUACUACUUCGGGUAGUUUUAUAUUAGAAAGCAUUGGUGGAGAAAGUCUUAGUGAAGACAUCAUUCCUGAACAGCUUUCUCUGGCAAUUGCAGCACCGAUAUCUCAAGAGCAAGAAGAAAUUAAAAGUGAUGAGUUAGAAACUGAAAAAUUGAUUUUGGAAGUGGUAAAAACUAUUUCUGAACAAGAAGAGAAGAAAGAUAAAUUAGAACAGAAAGAAAUAUCAGAACCUGCUGUUUGUAAAGAACAUACUAUUCCUUCGGUAUUUGUCUGUGAUGUCACUUCUAGUAGUAGUUCUAUUGUUAGUCCAGAAACACAGCCAACUGACGUUUCUGUCGAAAUAAGUUCCAAAGAAGAAUUAAGUGCCACAGCAGCAAAGGAAGAAACACAGUUUAAGUCUGGAGUUAGUGAAGGAGCUAUUCCAAAACAAAGAGAUGCUGAUCAAGAAACGAAGCGAAGAAGAGAAAGAAUACGUAUCAAAGUAGACACAGUCGAGUCACAACCAUUUCUUGGAUCCUACCUCAGCCCUGAUGAUAGGGAUUUGCCAUCAAGACGCCCAAGAUCUUUAAGUCGAAGCCCAGAUAAAGAGGAAGAAGACCAAGAGCAAAAACUCUUAUGUAGUCAGUGCGGAGAAAAAUUAAGAGAUACAGCGCAUUCACCUUUCGGUUGGGAUCGUUCUUAUCAAAGACAGUUUUGGGAACCUACUGCAGACAUUCUGAGACAUUGCCGUGAUAGACCUAGCAGCAGUUUUGGCGAUUCUUAUGGAUUCCCAAGAUAUUCUCCAUAUUCUCCGAGAUGGGGAGACUUACCUGUUGUACCUGGUGCGGAAGAUCCAAUGUUUCGAGAUGAAGAAGAAGAUGCGGGCGUUCACUUAGAUAGCUAUCGGAUAUCUCUUUGGAUUUACGUUAGCGAGAGCGACGAACUAGCUGUUUGGAAAUUGCCAUUAGUAUCAGACUGUGAGUAUCUGAUAACGUACUCAAAUUUAUUUUAUGUAGAUUUAGGAUUAAGGCUUACGGGAUUUACUUCAUGUGCCCAACAUUUGUCUCCAGAGGGCCAGCAGUCAGACACCCUUGAAUCCCGACCCAGUUUGCAACGUUCCGAUUCAUCAGAAUCAACGUCUUCAGAGCAAGAUUUCCUUAAGCAAUACCAGGCUGUGACUCACAGAAUGAUCCAUAGGAAGUCAAGUGUGGAAAUGUACAAAAGACUUUUGAAUAAGACAUUUGAAUCACUAUCUAUGGAAUGGUCAGAAGCAGCAGAACAAUCAUUCAUAUCAGCUAAGAAAGCACUGUCCAAAGCCACACUCUUUCAUCAUCCAGUACCUGGAGCUAAACUAUGCAUUUGGGUAGAUGCAGCAGUUGGCAGAGCACUGAUGCAACACAACACAACAGGAACCCAUUGCUUUUAUCUCAGCAAAACUGAAACCAAAUCAAUGCAACUGUUAGGAAGAUUACAAAAUUUCAUAUUGAGGUUGCCUUUUGUUUUAUUUAUUUUAGGAACUCCAGCAGAAACUUGUGGUUUAGAAGUUGGUGAUAUUAUCAUUAACAUUAAUGGAAUCAAUGUAUUAGAAGCACCCCAUUCGGAAGUAGUAAAAAUUGCACAUACAGGAACUGAUGUGCUUCAUGUAGAAGUAGCUAGAACAUGUCAUGUUCUGGCACCUAUUAUUAAUCAAACUGUCCAGAAUCCAUUAUUAUCUGGAUAUUUGCAAAGAUUAAGUAUUGGUAAUCUUAGUGCACAAAGAUGGUGUAGAAGAUGGUUUAUGCUGAAACCAGAUAAUAGUCUUUAUUGGUAUAGAUCACCAGAGGACCAUGAGCCAUUAGGAGCCUUAGCUCUGCAGAGUCAUGUAGUCAGCAGAGUGCCCGAUGCAGGAUCUCCUCAUGCAUUCAGGGUGACUAAAUAUGGAGGUUCUACAUAUUAUUUUUCUGCUGAUGAUGAAGACACUGCGGCCAGAUGGAUCAGUGCCUUGACUCAGGUAGCCACAUCAGCUAGUAAGGUGGAUCCAUAUCUGGACUUGAUUCUCAGAAAUGUGCAACUUCCACCUAUAUCUAUAUCUAAUCCUGAUUGCCAUGGCUAUCUUGGCAAAUUAAGCCAGAGAUGGAAAACUUGGAAAAGAAGAUAUUUUAUCCUUAAAGAUGCAUCUUUGUAUUUCUAUACAGACCGAAAUGCCACCACUGCCUUAGGUAUGUUCCUGUUACAUGGCUACAAAGUACAAAGUUGUACUGUUUCAGGGAAAAAGAACACAUAUGAAGCAAUCCCACCAGAACCACGACUAAAACAUUUGUACUUCUUGGCUGAUACAGAGAAUGAUAAAAAGAGAUGGUUAGCUGCAUUUGAAUAUUCAAUUGACAGAUGGAUAAAAGUAGGCUAAUAAAGAGAAUUGAAAGAAAUUCCUGAUAUUUCUCUCAAAGAAUAUUGUCAAAUAGCAAUCUGUAGUAUGACCAAUCUAUUGACAAUAUUGGAAAAGUGGAUCGAUUUGUUCAGUAAAGUGCCAAAAAUGAAUGGUUUCCCUACUAUGUAGGGCAGUAAGCAUUCUUAGCAACAGAAUGAUGUGCAGAAAGUUUUAUAAAACAUAAGGUGCUGAUGACAACUAUUAAUUAUGCUGGAAUGAAUGUGUUUCAUAUUAUUUGACAGUGCCACAUUCCCAUUAGAACAAUGAGUGAAUGAAUGAAUGCAAAAGAACUUUAUAAAAAAAAAUUCAGAUUUUUCAUCCAGUCAGUACUGCCAUAGUUUUUAAUCUUCUUCAUACCUUUUCAGAAUUUUUUGCCAAUUUUAUCAUGUAAGUGUAGAUCCAUCAUUUCUUAAAAAUACUGAAUGUGAAAUGAAGUAGAUGAAAAUUCUUUCUUUGCAAUUCAAUAUUAAAAACGUCUUUGUUAUGAACUUUACUGUUAGAGAAAGAAAAAAAUAUAAAUUCAAAAAUAAUUUUAAAACUUUCAUUUGAAUAGUAAUUUCUGCUUGCAUUUUAAUGUGUUACAAUUUGUAACAUAAAUAGUGCCAAUAUAAAUUAAUAUGUUCGUUUUUUUUCUAAUUUUCUCUUAAAAUCACUUUCCUGACAUAUCUAUACUUGUAACUAUCAUAAUAUUCAAUUAUAUUAUUUUCAUUUAUUUAUUUUUGCUCUAUUAUCAUAAAUUCAUAGAAAGACAUUCCAUCAUUUAUACAAAUUCACAUAUCUUCAAACUAAUGUAAAGUAACUAUAUUCCAUUGUGCCCACAUGAUGUCUUCCACAAAGCAAAGUCCUUGUUAUAAAUGACCAAUAUUUAUUUUACUUGAAAAAAUAAAAAAAUGUAAUGGUCAAACUUUGUAAAUUACAAAAAUUGUUUAAUAAUAAUGCUACAUUAACAAUAGGAAUA